GCAACUUCGCGGGGCGGCGGCGGGCGGGCCCAGCCCUGCCCGCCCCCCACAGCCGGGCCUCCCCGGUCCUCCCGUGACCGCGGGGCCACCAUGUGCAUCUCCCACCCCGAGCCUUCCUCCCUCCCUCCUUCCCUCCCCUUCCCCACCGCCUGCGCAGGCAGGAUGCGCGCGGCACCGCCAUCCGCCGGCGGGAGCUCUGCGCGGUGCGGUGCGGUGGGGCGGGCACCCCGCUCCCCCGCCGCGGCCCGGCCCCAGCGGAACCGCGGAGACAAAGUUUGCGGCGGCAGCGGCGGUGCCCGUGCAGCGCGGGGCAGGCCGGGCGGGCGGCGAGCUCGGUGCAUGCCUGGUGCGUGGAUGAAUCGCAGCAGGCGGCGGCGGGCGGGGGCGGGGGCCGCGGCCGGCGAUUGGGCGGCGCGGCGCUCGGAAGCACUUUGUUUUCUAUUCUAAUGAGGGCGGAGCGGGGCUUGUGGAUAUUUACGUUGAGGCGGGAGCCGCCGCCCUUCAUUCACCCACAUGGUCCCCGAGCCCGGCCGCUGCUACCGCCGGGACCUGCCUUCGCGCCACUUCCCUCCCCCCCCCCCCCGGCCUCUCCCCCCCUCCCCUCAUCCGCCCCGCCGGGGAGCGGCGCGGAGCGGCUCCCCUCGACCGGGCCGGCCACGCCGCGCUGGGGCCGCGAGAGAAGGAGGAGGAAAGAUGGUGGCGGCGGCCGCUGGCUGUGUCCCCACGUGCAGCUGGACGUAAUGAAGCUUUCUGUGGAUGUUGCAGCAGUGUGCUUGCAGAGGAAGUUAGUUUCAAUGGAUGAUGCAGGUACAAGGUAGACAGCAUAUCUUGGAUUACUAAAAAAACGCUGUUUGCGUCAGAG